UGACCGACCCCCACCUCGUGUGUCAAGUAGAGUUUAGAGGGAUCCCUGACAGCACGAGACAAACUAGCUAGCCUGCCCUGAGAUAGAAUAGCCGUUUUUGUGUAACGUUAGCGUUUUGAUCAAUCGUAACUGGCGGACGUUACAUACGGUAAAGACGACGGAUUUACUCUUUGGAUUUCAAAAUGGACCUUUGAUAACACCACUGAGUGGUUUCUGACCUGCUUGAAGUUCUGUGUGUGGGUGGGUGUGUCACGGUUCUGGCACCAUGAGCUGGGCAGCGGACGACUGGACGUCGGGCCUGACGGGCCAGGUCCUGCAGAAGGUGCGGGAGCUGCAGGCCCAGCAAGAGCGGCUGGGCCGCGAGAGGCAGCAGAAGCAGCUGCAGCUGGAUAACGCCGAGGCGGCCCUCCACAAGCACAAGCUGAAGAGUGAGGAGGUGCGGGCGGAGCUGACGGCGGCGCAGCGGGAGCUGGCGGGGGUGCGGGAGCAGGCGCAGGGGGAGGUGCGCGCGCGUGAGCGGCUGGCCCAGGACCUGCAGGCGCGCCAGGCCCAGGUGUGCAGCCUGGAGGGCCAGCUGGAGGCCGCCCACACACUCACCGGCAACCUCACCAAGGAGGUCAAGAGGCUGGAGGCAGAGCUGGAGAAACUGCAGAGAGCCAACGGCUCUGGGGACUCCAUGUUGUUUUCCACUCCCUGCUGGAACAUGGCAUCACCCUGGGAGCACAACAGUAUGUGACUCACACACCGUCACUCAGU